AUUUAUUCCAAAAUGAUUAAAGGAGUUUUAACAAAAUCUCAUGGAAUUGUUAUCAUAACAAUGACAGGCCUAUUCACAUAAGCUCAUUGGACAUUUUCAACUCUUUAAUUUUCUUAAUAGAAACCGAAUGAUUUCUAAAAGGAUUUUCUUUAAUAUUAAAUGGCACACUUUAUAAAUUAUGUAUAAUAUUUAAUUAAUAAGUCAAUAAGUGGAUUUUUUUUCCCUAUAACAACCAGCAUAUUAUUGUCAGGAUUAUUAAUUUUGAGAUAAUACAACUAUUAUAUUAAUUAUGAAUAGGAUAAAUAAAAAUAUUUCAAAUAUGCCUAGAUGUCAAUAAUUGGUUGCACAAGCCUUUUAGGAUUAAGCGUACCUAGCAGAUAUAUUUUAUUAAAUAAACAUCGUUGA